AUGUUGAAAGGAAAAAUCGCUGUAGUGACGGGCGGUGCCCAGGGAAUAGGUCUAGAAAUUUGUAGGAAAUUAUUAGAAAAUAACGUCAAAGUUGCUUUAUGCGAUAUAAAUAUAGAACUAGGAAGAAAUACUGUGGAUCAAUUAAGAACCAAAUAUUCAAAAGACGAUUGUUGUUUUUUUCCAGUUGACGUUUCCGACAAAAUCCAGUUUAAAGAUUGUUUAAAUAAAAUAAUAGACCUUUACAAAUCAAUCGAUAUAUUAAUCAAUAACGCUGGCGUGGCAGAUGACAGUAUUGAAUUUUGGGAGAGAGAAGUUGACAUUAAUUGUAAAGGAACAGUUUGGGGAUGCAUUUUAGGAUUGCAGUUAAUAAAUAAAGGAGGAACUAUUAUUAAUAUUUCGUCUACACUCGCACUGAAGCCUUAUCCACUUAUGCCGAUUUACGGAAUGACGAAAGCUGCCGUAACUAAUCUGACGAUUUGCCUCGGGUCAAAAGAGUAUUUUGAGAAAUAUGGUAUAAACGUGAUGGCUAUUCUUCCUGGUUUGACAGACACUCCAAUAUUACAACAUACUGAACAGAGGUAUAUUUUUCCAGAAAUGGCAAGUUAUAGAGAUGAACUAAAACCUUAUCUAGGAAAAAUGCAAAGCCCCUCCUUUGUUGCUGAAUGUACCAUUCAUGCUUUGCAGACGGGAAAAAAUGGAUCACUCUGGAUUGUAGAAGACAUGAAACCUCCAGGAAUCAUAGAAUUGGACUAUAAGAUAAAAACAAAAUAA